AUGAACAUUGGUAGUAACGUCAUUGGUAUUAACGUCAUUGGUAUUAAUAUUAUUGGUAUUAAUGUUGGUAUUAACGUUAGUAUUAAUAUUGGUAUUAAUGUUUGUAUUAACGUUGAUAUUAAUGUUAGAAUUAAUGUUGGUAUUAACAUUGGUAUAAACGUUGGUAUGAAUGUUGGUAUUAAUGUUGGUAUUAAUAUUGGUAUUAACAUUG